AUGUCUGUCCUUGAUUUGGUCAACAUGGAGCUGCCACCAAUUUCCUCUGGCCAGGACGCCUAUUCCACUAUCCCCUCAGCAUUUUCUUUUUUUAGCCCAUUGCAGCCGAUCAAUGACAUUGAAAUUCUUAAACAGGUUAUUGUCCCACCCAAAGGCCUUGUUGCCAAACUUCUUGACCAAACGAAGCAGUGCUGGCUUGAUGGCGCAGAUUCUCUCACCCUUCCUGGCGUUUCCCAAAACUUGCCCCUUUGGUGUCUCCACUUCUGGAGCGACCUCCACCUCAUAGUUUACCCAGCCCGUGUUUCAUGGGAGCGAGCGCUUCACUGGCUCCAGAGGGAUGACCUGAAUCUAUUCCAGGACCAAGUCCGUGCCACCUGCGAGUCCCUGGCCACCGUGUCUUGGUCAGGCAACCUUCCAGCACUUUCCACAGACCGAACCCAGUUCACCAAGUCGACGCUUCUCAAUUUUCUCUCCCGUGGAUGGCUAUCAGAUGAGGAGGUUGAUUUGAUGAUUUAUCUCCUCGAGGCAGAGGUCAAAUUGACUCUCCCCAGUCGUAACAUUCAUUUUGUAGAUACUGUAUUAUCAAGAAAGAUUCUUGAAGUCUAUGAUGCAGAUCUGACAGGUGAGAAAAUCUACAAUCCAAAAGGAACCACCUUUUUGCACCGUUUUGGCGCAGGGCUAUCCAAAAAUAGCGAACUGGCUGGCAUCUUCCACGUAAAUGACAACCACUGGGUUGCAAUUGCCGUUGACGUCUCCCUGCAAGAUUUGUUAUAUGGGGAUCCUGCCCAGCUGCCCAUCAAUUCUUGGAUUGUUUCUGCAUUACGAUGGUUCCUUUCCAAGCACGUUGCAUCGCUCCCACUCGACCAGCUUGACAAUGGAGUUCUGCCAUGCCCUGAGCAGAGCUUCAGCAUUGAUACAUGGAGCUGCGGCAUAUACAGCUUCAAUGGCUUGGCCCAUCACUUCCUCAAACAAUAUCCGUUGGUCGAAAACACAUCCUCUCCUGUUUUCGGGGAUCUGGCUCGAAUGACAACAUUGAGGAAAAUCGUCAAGCGGUGUAAUGCAAUCAAUUUACCGACUGACCGCGCCCUCCCUUUGACGUUCCCACCCCCACCUGCAAUGCGGCAACGGCCAUUAGUCACUCCACCCCCCAAUGCGAAGGUCCUUGAUUUGUCGAAGGCACUGAAACGACUUUCCGUCUCACCCAAGAAGCCUCAGGCAAAGAAGCGCAAAGUCAAGGCAAAACCCAUUAUCGCUCCGAUCUUCCAGAUACCGAAAGCCCAAAAGGCUGACAACUUGAAGAGCAGUGAGGGCAAGAAACGAAAGCAUGAAGAUGUUGAGGCCGAAGAAACUGUAACCGAGGUGGAGGUAGAAGCAGAUGAUGUUGAAACAGAUGAAGAGGUUAGGAUCGUAGGCCGGCCCCGUCAUAGUGUUUUGGACACGUUGACUGUUGAAGUGCGUACCCCGCGGGGCACUGCACACAAAUAUCGAUGUGCCGGCGCUGGUUGUCCAAAGCGGUGGGCACCACGGACAACUUCACGUGUAUUUGCGCAUGCAAAGCGAUGCUUGAAGUUGAUGGAGGAGCAGCGUCACCUCGCGUCUUCAGCAAGCGCGAGCAAAUCUCCUGGGGCAUUGGUCGCUGCCGAUAAUGCGGGAACUGGAAAACUCACAGCUACAUCUUCAUUACAGUCUAUUGCAAGCUCAGAAUCGUCCUUCACCUCCUUACCCUAUUCCCCCCUUCCCAUAACGGCUUCGAAUGCUCAGCUGCUACCACGGGCUGAUGGUUUCUUUGGCCCACAGGGUCGGCAGAAGACUCAUCGUGCUCUGGACCUUGCGAUCGUCAAGCUCUUCUGCAUUGCCCGCAUUCCUCCCGCCGUCGCCGAUCUCGAUGUUUGGAAAGACAUGCUUAGAGUAUGUUUACCAAGCUAUAACCCAGCAUCACGCACCCGCCUUAUGGACGAUCAUAUCAUGUCGGAGCAGGAACGUGUCCGUCAGCUUCAAAUUGAACACCUAAAGACUCAACGGCACAUCAGCAUCUCGUUUGAUGGUGGGGCAUUGAGGAGUGGCGAGUCCCUCUACACUGUACACGCUACAACUGUUGCUCGAGAUGUGAUGCUCCUUGAAGGUCAGGAUGGCACUCGCGAGUCACACACAGGUGCAUGGAUUGCAGCGCUCGUAUUGCGAAAAAUAGCCGAGAUUGGGAAGGAGCGCAUUGGGUCAGUUUCGUCAGAUAACACAGGGAAUACUCGGGUCGCCCGAGAGAUCCUCUGCACAACUCUUCGUCAUGUCCUGAACCUCCCUGACCCUGAGCACCACCUCAACAACACUUGCAAAGACAUUGCUUCAAUAGAAUACUUCAAUUCGACAAUCAAGACCAUUCGCAGAACUAUCAAGUACUUCAAGCAUUCCAAUGCUGCCAAGGAAUUACUGAGGGCAUCGCGCGAGGAACUCAAACUUGGGCCUGGUCUUGAGAGUAUCGGGAAGACCCGAUUCGCCACGCUCGUCUGGUCAGCAGUCUCACUCCUGAGAUGCCUCAGUGCCAUUCGCCAACUGGCCACAUCAGGAAGGAUUGAGAUCCCCAAGUACAAUGAUGUCUUCCUCGAAAACAUCGGCGAAGGUAUUGCACGCGCCAUUGAAUGUCUUGAAGCGAGCUCGACCAACCCCGCUGAUGUCUACCUCUACUGGCUUGCCGUCGUGGCGAAGAUGAAACAAACGCUCGAGACUGCAUGCCUGCCAGAUGAGGUCUGUGGUCAGAUUCGGGGGAUAAUGGUGUCCAGAUGGCGUGAGUUCUUCGUCUAUGGGCCCUCAAAUGUCCAUCUCUCUGCCUUCUAUCUCAACCCAAACUACGUGCGGUCGUCCAUCCUAAAGAACCCCAACCCUCUCACAUUCAACAUCACCCUCCCUGCCAAAGUGCCGCCCAAGGUGCCACCUGGCAUCCGCAACCCAAAAACCUUCUUGGAGGUUGGCCGAUACCUCCAUACGUUGCUCAUCGCUGAGAUGAGCCACGGCUGCGAUCCCUUUUUAGCCGAAUGGAAGGAGAAGCCGAGAGCGUUUGGGAAGGCUUACCAGGCACAGUUCAUUGCCUAUGCGCAAGGGGCGUAUCCGUUUACUACCCCACUCACAGCUGGCCAGACUCCGCUUCAGUGGUGGAUGGCGUUCGAAGGGACCGAGCAUGGAGGGAUCCUGGCGGCCAUCGCCAUAAAGCUCUUCGGGGCUCUUCCGCACUCAAUGGCUGACGAACGCACGAUGUCCGCUGUCACCAUGAUCAACACGGCACAGCGGAAUCGCCAGAAGGUCGGCGUGGUGAAGGCACUGACUCAGGUCAGAGCCUUCUAUUAUGUCCAAAAGAAACCAAAGCUCCGGAAAAGCGCCCACCCCAACCCAACUAUCAAGUUCUUCAACAUUGAGCGGAUGCUUCGUCCCAUCGAUAACGACGAGGGCCGAGAGGAGGCAGGAGGAGCGGUGAACUACGAUGAGUCGGAGGAUGAGGAUGACGUUGAUUUGAAACCGAAAGGUUCCGCCCUGCCUUCGUCGAGUGCCGUGCUGCCUGUUGAUGAGGACGACGAGGUUGAUUUAUGCUCGGAUGAGCUCGCUGAGAUCCUUGCAGACGGCCCCGUUCGACAGGUGAAGAAGUCCAAGGUCCCCGAGAGGGCAGCCGUCGCAAAGGACGAAGUGGAUGGUGAAGAUGGCGGUGUCUUCGAGCUAAACGAUUGGGUGUAG